AUGAGCUCACCAACUCUUACCAUCAAGCGCACCCUAACCGAUACUCCAAUAGGACAAAUGAAGCUGACACUAAGCGAUCAGGAGUUUCCGCUCAUUCGCUUGCGAUUUCCCAUCGCCAGGGCUGCGGCAAUUUUUGUGAAGAAUAAUUCACAGGGCACCAACCUGGACGAUACAGACAUCCAAAGGUUGAACGAUUUUUUGGCAGCUCGAGGUCCAAAUGAUGAUACCAACCAGCGCAGACGGGCAGCGGUUCCUAAAGGACAAAAUAGGAUCUUGGCCGAAGUUCGCCUUCUUCUAGAUCCUGCAGUGGAGGAGUUCACCGAGUUUCAUGAUUUGGAGGACGAAGAUCACGACGACGAAGAGGGGCGAACGUCAUGGGGACCUGAGGAUGAUGUGGACGAAUGUGAUGACUAA